AUGGGGCAAUCUCUUACAAGAGAACAGAGAAAUCAAGUGGAUGUGUUACAGAAAAUUUUAAAGACUUACAGGGGGAAUGUCUCCCAGCUCUCGCUUAUGACCCUGCUAGCGUGGGUCCGGGACAAUUGCUCCUGGUUUCCACAGGAGGGGACAGUAAACAUUAUGGUGUGGAAACAUAUCGGGGACGAAUUGGGGCAGCGCAGUGAUGAUAGGUCGAAAGGACUUUUAAUAACUUCGCAACAGGUCUUCUCUGCCCUCCAUCGCUUGCAAGCAGUAAAUGCAGCCAAGCUUGCGCCCUCCACAACAACAGCCGAUGAGGGCACCAAAAAACCCUUGUUAAAAACUGGGCUGGAUUCCGAGCCUGAGGAUCCAUUUAACCCAGGGCCGACUGAUCUGGAACAGGAGCCAGACCUCUAUCCACCUCUUAAUGCAGCUUGCUGUACUCAUCCUACGGCCUCUUCAGGAUCACCACCCCCUCAAAAGACAGGGCUGCCCGCGAAUGUGAACCGGCCACAACCCCCAAUCACUGAGCUGGCUUUCUGGGCAAAAUCUAUCGACCCGGGGCCGGCGUUACCACAAAACCAUGGCGUGCUAGAGCUUUGCCGCAUAGAGGCAUUGCGGAGAGGAGACUUGGACCUUCUCCGAUAUCAGGCAGGGUGCCCCAAUACAUGGGAGCAGUUGCCUUAUGAGGUGGUAAAAGCAAUCAGGAAACCAGUUAAGGAUUUCGGCCUUCAGUCAGCUUACACUAUGAACUUAUUUCAAGCUAUCGCCGAGGGUUAUACCAUGACCCCGCACGACUGGAAGGCUUUGUGCCGGAUCACACUUUCGGCUGUGCAAUACACUGUAUGGCUCACUGAGUAUCGCGACCGAGCCACAGCCCAAACUAUGGACAAUCUAACUAAUAUGAAUAAUAUUGGCAUGGAUGAGCUGUUGGGAGAAGAGAGAUAUGCUACAGCCAUAGCACAAGUGCAGCUGCCACGAGAAGCACUUGAUCAGUCCUCCCAUUUGGCGCUGCAGUCACUGCGGAAGGUUCCGGCCGAUAAGCCGGAGCAGUCUUUUGCGAGCGUGUGCCAGGGCCCUCAGGAGCCGUAUAUGCAGUUCUUGGACAGGCUCCAGAAUGCUAUAGACCAACAAGUUGACUCGGAGGAAGCCCGGCGGCUGCUGCUUACACUGCUGGCCAUGGAGAAUGCUAAUGCUGACUGCCAAGAGGCCCUACGCCCCUUGCGUAAUGCCAACCCCUCCCUUGCCGAUAUGAUACCAGCCUGCCAGAACGUCGGCACAGUGUCGUAUCGGGCGGAACUGCUAGCUGCUGCUCUGUCACAGCUGAUGGCUGUCGCUGUGGCACAACGGGCCCCAUGUUUUAGCUGCAGACAGGUCGGGCAUUUUAAGAAAGAUUGCAAGGCCGGAGGGGGAAAUGGGAAGAAGCCAGGGCAUCAACCCCCCAACAGACCAUGUCCACGAUGCCAAAAGGGCUACCAUUGGGCCAAUGAAUGUCGUUCCAAGUUCCACCAGAAUGGUACCGUGCUUCCCCCGGUGCAGGGAAAUGGGAGGAGGAGCGCGAGGCCGCGCACUCCAGCAAUAAAUACGGCAACGAUGCCAGCACAACCACUAACAGCCCCAGACAGCAGGCUGCCGACUUGCGACCAGCAACUGGGGGAAGUGACGGCGUGGACCUGGCCGUCUCCCAGUCAGUCCUGA